AUGAGCAGAAGUAAUCGAAAUACCAAUAGUAAUAAUAGUCAGGCUGCUACCUCAGCUUCAUCUUUAACUUCAACCGAUUUGAUCCAAAUCGAGAAUAAUGAUAAGAAUAAUAAAGAGAAUGACGAUGAUGUCUCAAAGGAAAGGAUAAUAUUGAAUGUUGGUGGUAUUAAGUAUGAAACCUAUCGAGCAACAUUAACAUCCUAUCCGAAUACUCGUCUUGGAAUACUUUUUGAUGAGCACAAUAAGAAUUUCAAUCGUCCAACGAGCGGAAGUAACGAGUAUUUUAUUGAUCGUGAUGGACACAUGUUUCGUUACAUUUUACAGUUUUAUCGAACUGGGAAGGUGCCGUUACCUAACGAUGCAAAAGGACUUAUUCCAGUCUCACAUGAAGACCUGGAAGCCGAACUGGACUAUUUUAUGAUCCCACGACAUCUUGCAUUUCCACCCACACCCACACCAACCACCACCAAACCAGCACUAACCUUCCGUCGAAAAAUGAUAGCCGACGACAUCGACAAAUUCGUCUCGUCGCUAAAAUCAAUAAUCAUGGAAGUUGCGAAACAAUUUCGUCGUGAAUUUCUUCUGAACCCUGACUUUGAAAUGUGCAUAGAAAUGACGUUUCGCGAAGACGCCAAGAUCACCGACCUGAAUAUCACCCCGAAUACCGGAAUCAAAUCACAAAUCAAAUCGAUCAUCGAGCCACACUCGAAUGUCGCGUUCCUGAUCCUGGAUAAAUUUGGUCAGGAGAUUGGUCACCACUUGGAAACGGUCAUUGCUGGAUUCACAUGGUCAUGUGAAGAGAAAGAGGAUAGUGGGUGGUGGAAUUUUAGCGCAGAUAAUGGUGUGAACGGAUCGGCUGCGACGAAAAUGUUUUGUGUCAGGAUGAAGUUGAAAGACACUGGAUUUGAUCAUGAUGAUAUUGUAAAUAAUUCUUGUUUAGCUAGUAUUUCUUGUGUAUAA